AUGGUGCCUGGCUGGAUGGGGAUCGCACUCUGCUUAAAGGUAGUUCGUUAUUACCCUGGUGGGCACUAUCAUGCACAUUGGGAUAGUGAAGAGAUAGAGGCGGACAAACCCUGCGAUCACAGUCACCCUGACCAAAGCUCAGAUUCGAAUGUUCCACUUAGACUUUGCAGAUUUAUCACCAUUUUGUAUUAUCUACAAGAUGUGGAAGGUGGAGGUGAAACAGCGUUCCCUUUGGCUGAAUUUGAGAACGUCUCUAAAGAAUACCGCGACAGCUUGGAUUAUGACUACGCUGACUUGACGCGCAACUGCUUUCACAAUUUGAACGUCAAGCCGGAGUAUGGAAAGGCAAUCAUGUGGUAUAAUCAUUUCAUCGACGACGAAACAGGUUGGAUGUCGUCUCUAAAUACUCAUGCCCUUCAUGGUGGAUGUGACGUCACAAAAGGAACAAAAUGGAUCGCAAAUAAUUGGAUCACCGUCGAUGAUGUGUAUGAAAGGCAAAUGCAAUUUCAGGCACGUGAAUUUCAACCAAAUGAAGAUAAUGAAACCGCAGAAUCAGAAAACGAAACGGACAUCAGUGAGAACGACAGUACGGAAAAAUACGACAACGACAAUGAAGCAGAUGAUGAAGAAAUAGACGAAGGGAAGAAAGAGUCCAAAAACGAUAACAUCAAUGAUCUUACAAACGACAACGCAAUCUCUACAGAUGAAACACAUGAGAGCACGCCAUCUACUGACAAGACUGAAAGAGAUGAUCUUCUAAAAGGACACACUGAAUUAUAA